CAGAAAAUAGCUGUACAUUUAAUUAUCAACAUAAAAAUUGUGAAAAUCAAUAACAAAACAAAAAUAUAAAGUAAAGUAUCAAUAAUGGCAAUAAAUGACUCACUGAAGAGUUUGAUUUAGCGAAAAAUGAAAGUAUAUUAUUGGAAAUUAUUUAAUGUGAUAUUUGUUUUCAAAAUUCGAUAAAAGCAACGGUUGGCUGUGCUAUUUGUACUCGAUUCCGGAAUCGGGCGCACCACCCACCCAAAUGUUGUAAUUUACCUACAAUUUUCGUAUAGACUAACACCUCAAUUGUAAUAGUGAUUGCGAUUCGUCAUCAUCGAUCAGAUCAAAAAAGAGGGCGAUUGAAUCUGAAUAAUAUUAAUUGCUUCUGUGUAUUUUCAGCUCAAGAAUACGAACAAAAAGAUAAACUUGUGUUGCAUUCUUAGACUAUUACAUAUAAUCGAGCAAUCAUUUAUGUUAGAAAGAUGUAAAUAAAAUAAUAUUCGACCAACCCAUGGAAAAACAGCUAAGUAUUGCAUUGUAGUUUACAAUUUCCUUGUUUUACCUACUGGAUUCCUUGGGUAUUGUUCAAAACGAAACGUGGCCGUCCCUUAUACUAGGCACCUACAUAUCUACCUGGAGUAGUUUUCUUGCAUACAUACACAUGUAUGACCUUUCACACACCGCUUAAAUUUAGCCAUCUGAAAGUACAGAAACGAGUACAAACGGACGACAUCUCUCGUACUCGAAUAUACAGAAAAUCGAGAACAUUUUAAAAAACUUUAAAGGAGUAAACAUUUACGUUAAAUAUAUUCAUCGGGAGACAUAUCGCCGAUAUUGAGACAUGGAUGAUAACCUUAGUACGAAAUCUUCUGAAUCCUCACUAACCACUAGUGGAGAGUAUGAAAUUGUUUCUGAUAGCAAUAUUACAACACCAAUAGACCAGCAGCAUUUGUCGGAGAAUGGUACACUUUUAAUAAUACCGACAAACAAUAAAUCACCAACACUGAAUUUAGCUAAUAAUCGUAAUAUUGCUGAUUUACAAAAUGCUAUGACGGACGCUCUGCGUGAAAUAGAUUUAAAUUCAGACACUUCUUCAACUGCACCCAAAGCGGUAGCGUUGAGUAAACAAAAAUCUCUGACAUUACCAUUGGCUGGUACUUCAAGCCCGGCACUGCUGGUUCCAGACAACGACUGCGAACAGCAACAGUUAGUUCUACCGAAGACCGCAAUGAAGUCACAAUCAUUAAACCGCCACCACACAGACUAUGCUAUGACACCAAAAAGCGAUGACGCGUCAACUUCCGAACAAAAUCGAGUUGGCCAAUCGGUAUUUUAUGACUGCAUUGAUGCAAGUCCAGGUGGGGUUGGUGGUGGUGUCGAAGAGAAACAAGACAUCAUGAAGCCGGAGAAAAAUGAUACCGACGAAGAAGUUUCAGAUAUCGAUCAGGGUUGCACUAUAUUUUCCGGUGUCACAUAUCUUGGAGCUGCAAACAUAAAUGCUCCCAAAUCCGAAAUCGAUAUAUACCGAAUAAUGAAUGAAUUGAACAGUAAUUCGGAGUCAGUUGGUCUUAAAAUAUCAGUGAGCAUCCCGAAUUGCUCCGAUGGGCUGGUUGUCUUGCAUGACGCUGAAACCAACUCUGUCAUCGCAACCUACGAGAUACAAAGCAUAAUUUUAUACUUUCGUGGCCCUGUAGAAACUCCUGAAAAUGGUUGCUUUGCAUUUACUUGGUUACAUGGCGAUGCGCUUUUUCAAUGCCAUGUUUUUCGUUGCCAUAUCCCAGAAGCGGUUAAUCAAGUCAGCGCUUGCUUUCAAAAGGCUUUUCGUACAUAUCCGCCAAGCAUGACUUGCAGUUUGACAUCUGCCAUCGACAGUAAUAUGAUGAAUUCAGUGACAUCCGAUGUUAGUGGAAAUCCACUAAAUACAGCCGGCUAUGAAUUUAUUGUAUCCCUGGAAAUACGUGAAAAGGUCGCCAAGAGCUCAUUUUCGGCGGUACCACGCGACCGCAAUUGCUUCAAAUUACGUGCUAACAUUGACAAAGAAGUUAUCAUUACCGUCAAGCAAACACCUUCAAAUAUACUACAACCUCUGUUCAUAGAACGCUGCUUUGGUGUACUAUUAAGCCCAGGAAAAUUAGUGCGUCAGGGCGAUAUGCAAUUAAUUGAUAUGGUAAAUAUGAGCUAUCAGUUGCCUACCACCACUGCAGGCGGUGGUAACGCUAAUGCAGCAACGAUUGUCGGUGUCGGUGCCGCUGACAAUGCCGGUGGUUCUGGCGCCCCGCCUCUAUGCCUUUAUCCUUAUGUUAUACGCGCCGAAUGGAAGGCCAAUGAAGCUGCUUUCGAACAACUCAAUGUUGAAGCGUCAAAGAAUUUUCUGACUGUAGCGGUCGAUAUAGUGGUGCGUGGAAUUCGCGACCCUGUACGUUUUGUUAUUGAGACACCCGUUGUAAUACAAUCGGCUAGUGAGAUACGCAUAAUGGAUCAUUUUAUAUCUAAACGCCCAAUGACAUUGCGCUUCUAUCUACAAUUAGAACGUACAACCGAUGAGUUCAGUUGGAAAGUGAACUCAAUUGAUCCAUCUGAAGAAAUCAAUGAACCACAACAACCAAGUUCAUUGUUGAAAUUCGGAAUGAACAAUUUAUCACGUAUUGUGCGAUCAUCAUCGAUUGUAUCUAUAGAGGAUGAUUGCCCUACCGAUUAUAGUUCAGAUGGUGAUGAACCUUUAUUGAGUGGUACGGGAGAAGUAUCCAAAGACUGUUCACAGGACAAAUUAGAUGAGUGGGAUCCAAUAUUAAAGGAAUGGGAUAGUGAAAAAAGGCCAAAAAAUUUGGCUCCUUUGGUACGUUUGGGAAUACCGGAAGCUUUGCGCGAAAAAAUAUGGCAGAAACUGGCAAAUGUUGAGGGCAAAACUGAAAUGCUUGACAUGUAUAAGAUUUUAAUAACCAAAGAAACCAAAUGUGAAACUGUAAUACAACGGGAUAUACAUAGAACAUUUCCGGCACACAAAUGCUUCAAAGAAAGUGGUGGAUCUGGACAAGACUCACUUUUUAAGGUCUCAAAGGCUUAUGCCGUUUAUGACAGUGAAGUCGGUUAUUGCCAGGGCUUAAGUUUUAUUGCCGCAAGUCUAUUGUUACAUAUGCCCGAGGAAGAUGCAUUUUGUGUAUUGGUGGCCCUUAUGUACGAUUAUGGCCUUCGUGAUUUAUAUAAGCAAGGAUUUGAAGUACUUUAUUUACGACUGUACCAACUUGACCGUUUGAUCAAAGAUCAAUUGCCUAAAUUACAUGAACAUUUUGCAGCUUGUGGCAUUGAGACACAUAUGUACGCUUCGCAGUGGUUUCUCACGCUCUUCACAGCCCGUUUCCCAUUAUGUUUUGUAUUUCAUGUACUCGACGUGUUCCUGCUAGAUGGCGUACCAUUGCUUUUUCAGGUUGCUGUGACAUUACUAUCCAUUUGCGAGGCUGACUUGCGUCAACUUGAUUUCGAAGGCAUACUAAAAUAUUUCCGUGUAACAUUACCGAAGAAAUGCCGCAGCCCUAGUCAGGCACGCCGGGUUAUGAAAAUGGCCUGUGAACGGAAAAUUAAGAAAUUAAAACAGUACGAGGAGGAAUUCCAAUUGAAAAAGCAACACAAAGAACGACUGGAAAAAGAGGCACAAAUUUAUGAAAAUCGUUUUGGUGAAGAGAGACGUAAGUUACAGGCGGAAAUUGAUGAACUCCAAAAAAAAUUGAUUGAGGCUAAUGAAAGAGCAAUAGAAAAAGAAAGAAAACACACAGGCAUCAUACAGGACUAUAAAUUAAUAAUACAGCGCUUGGAAAAUGACAUUACCAAUUUAAAUGAGACGCUAGGAAAUGUAAUGAAUAUAGUAUCGAAGUGUAAGAAUUGUGUACAAAAAAUGGAAAAUGCCGAUCGUAGUGUGAGAUUGCCAGCUGAAGUAAGCAGAAAUAGUGGUUUAAAAACAUCGCAACAGAGUUGUAAUAAGCAAGAGAACGAAGCACCACUAGGCCCACUUGAUCCCAUAAAUAUAGCAACUCAACGUAUCCGUGAAUUAGAACUGGAACUGGCACAAGCUAAGUUAGCACACGUUGAAGCUGAAUGUCGUAAUCAAGAUUUGAAUCAUCAGCUUAGCGCCACCAUUACUGAAAUGCACUCCAACCGGAACAGUUGGCAACCAUGGCUUUCAAAGACACUCAACUCACUGCAAGAGAAGGUAACUACACGUGGCAGUCGCGACACCGUUUUGCCAACAUUCCAAUCUUACACCCAACAUGCAUCAGCUGGUGCAUCAGCGGCUGGUAGCGAAACUAAUUCACCCAGCAGUAAUCAGGAGUUUAAAGCAUUCUCAGUGGGAGGUUCGCCGAAAUUGCCAGCCAAAUUUCAGACCGUCAAACUUCGCAAUAGCAUCGACAGUUUACGCAACAUUGUAGUGCCACUAGAGAGCAGCGCUGGGCGUAUUGUUGGCAUUGGGGCUACAGCAACCGUUGAUGUUGGUGUGGGUGCAGCUGAUCAAUUCCGACAGCACCUGCAGCCACAGUCAUCGCUUAUUUAAAUAUCGACAUAA